GCUGGAACCCGGUUUUCACUCUCACCAUUGAGUUGCGCUUUUACUCUGCAUGAACGCAUUGCGAAGACCCUGCAGUCCACUCGCUUUCAACUUUGACAUUAUUUGUCGACGCUUGCGCUUGCCCCAAUUUCUUCGUCAUUCCAAGCCUUUCCUCCAAAAUCAUCCUCUGCCCUGCGUUCCCAUCCGGAGACAAGCCGGACGUGCGCUGCUGCCACCUUGGGUCCUCCAGCACACCGCCUACAGAGCAUUCAGCAUGUCGUCCGACUCGUCGCUCUCAGCUCCACCAGACGACAUCCAGCCUCCACCAGCUGCCUACGAGACAGACCCUUUGGCCGAGAAGGCAGUCAAUGGGAAGAAGCGCAAAGCGGAGACAGCCACCAAUGCCAGCAAGGUCACUAAGCGCACACGCAAGACCACUGUGACAGCUGAUACGGAGCCCAAUGACAAUGGCUCAGCAGACAAGUCAGUAGAGGCUACAAAGCCGAGGAAGCGAGCGCCCAAGACUAAGGCUGAGGAGGAGACCAUCGAGGAGAAAGUCGUGGUCGAAGACGAGAAGGGCACCACUGUCAAGGCAACGCAGAAGAAGUCGCGUAAGAAGAAGGAAGAGAAUGUCGCUCCACUAGCUGAACGGACCACUGGCAGUAAGCUCCGCGUAGGAGCUCACGUCAGUGCUGCUGGAGGCAUUCACAAUGCGGUCACGAACCUCUUGCACAUCGGCGCAAAUGCGUUCGCAUUGUUCCUAAAGAGUCAGAGAACUUGGAAGAAUCCGGAGCUCAACCCGGAGCAUGCACAGCUCUUCAUGGAUGGGUGCAAACACCACAAUAUCGAUGCCGCCGAAUGCUGUGUGCCUCAUGGCUCGUACCUGGUCAACCUCGCGCACCCUGACGAGGAGCGCAAGAAACAAGCUUACGAUUCAUUCCACGAUGACCUGACCCGCUGCCACAAGGCUGGCAUCAAGUAUUACAACUUCCACCCUGGAAAUGCAGCAGCAACCACGCGCGAGGGUGGCAUCAAGCUGAUAGCGGAGGCCAUCAACAAAGUUCAUAAGGAUCCAGCAACUGGCGCCGUCGUGCCAUUACUGGAGACCAUGGCUACCUUGGGUAAUACCAUUGGAGGCCAAUUCAAGGACAUUGCAGACAUAAUCGAACUAGUCGAGGAUAAGGAGCGUGUUGGUGUCUGUCUCGACACCUGUCAUGUGUUCGCUGCAGGAUACGAUCUACGAACUCCUGAAGCCUACGAGAGGACCAUGAAAGAGUUCGAAGACACCAUCGGAUUGAAGUAUCUGAAGGCCUUGCACGUCAACGACAGCAAAGCGCCCCUUUACUCCUUCCGUGACUUGCACGCUCGCAUCGGUACCGGAUACCUUGGCUUGGCUGCCUUCCACCAUCUGGUCAACGACAAGCGCCUACAUGGCCUGCCUAUGGUCCUCGAGACACCAAUCGACAAGAAAGACGAGAAUGGCAAAAAGUUUGAAGACAAAUCUGUCUGGGCCCGAGAGAUUAAAAUGCUGGAGCAGCUAGUUGAUAUGGACAUCGAGAGCGAUGAAUUCAAAAAGAUGGAGGCAGAGCUUCACGAGGAAGGUUCUAGUGAGCGAGAGCGCAUCGGCGACCAAGUGAAGAAGAGGGCCGAAAAGGCCGCUCCCAAGAAGAAAGGCAAGAAGAAGGUCGAGAGCGAAGACGAAGCUGAUGAGGAAGAUGAGGAUUAGGCAAGGGCGAGCGUGGGCUGACUCGAUAGGCUGAGACUUCACAGCUGGCAGAACAACUUCGGUUUGGUUGCAUCAGGAGUCAGCGAUCUGAGAAAGGAGAUUUAUUGUUUUCGGGUGUACGGUAUACCCCCAGUUGGCAUGAAGGCGUUAUAGGAAACUGCAUUUCAGCACGGUGCCCAGCACGGUGCUGGCAGGCAGCAAAUCGAGACCAGAGGCUUAUGAUGUCUUACCACUUAUCUUCGCGGAACGAGUGGUGGACAGAAAUAGCAUCAUUUCGAG